GCUGAGGCUGAGACUGUCACUCAUUCUCCGAUCAGCGCGUGAACACAGCUCGGCAGUCGCUGGCAGGAAACAAUUCUGCAAAAAUAAUCAUACUCAGCCUGGCAAUUGUCUGCCCCUAGGUCUGUUGCUCUGUCGCCGUCCACGCUCGCUGCAAAGGGGGGGGGGCACAGAUUUUUACCGCGGCAAGAACAUCCCUGCCUGCCAGUAGAUUACAAUGCUGCAAACUAAGGAUCUCAUCUGGACUUUGUUUUUCCUGGGAACUGCAGUGUCUCUGCAGGUGGAUAUUGUUCCCAGCCAAGGAGAAAUCAGCGUUGGAGAGUCCAAAUUCUUCUUAUGCCAAGUGGCGGGGGAUGCCAAAGAUAAAGACAUCUCCUGGUUCUCCCCCAAUGGAGAAAAGCUCACCCCGAACCAGCAGCGGAUUUCAGUGGUAUGGAAUGAUGACUCUUCCUCCACCCUCACCAUCUACAACGCCAACAUCGACGACGCCGGCAUUUACAAGUGUGUGGUCACUGGCGAGGAUGGCAGUGAGUCGGAGGCCACAGUCAACGUGAAGAUCUUCCAGAAACUCAUGUUCAAGAAUGCACCGACCCCACAGGAGUUCAGGGAAGGGGAAGAUGCUGUGAUCGUGUGUGAUGUGGUCAGCUCCCUACCCCCCACCAUCAUCUGGAAGCACAAAGGACGAGAUGUCAUUCUGAAAAAAGAUGUCCGAUUCAUAGUCCUGACCAACAACUACCUGCAGAUCCGGGGCAUCAAGAAAACGGAUGAGGGCACUUAUCGCUGUGAGGGCAGAAUCCUGGCUCGAGGGGAGAUCAACUUCAAGGACAUCCAGGUCAUUGUGAAUGUGCCACCCACCGUCCAGGCCAGGCAGAGUGUAGUGAAUGCCACAGCCAACCUUGGCCAGUCUGUUACCUUGGUGUGUGACGCAGACGGCUUCCCAGAGCCCACCAUGAGCUGGACAAAGGAUGGGGAACAGAUAGAGGAUGAGGAAGAUGAGAAGUACGUCUUCAGCGAUGACAGUUCUGAACUGACCAUCAGGAAAGUGGAUAAGAACGAUGAGGCCGAGUAUGUCUGCAUUGCUGAGAACAAGGCUGGCGAGCAGGAUGCAUCCAUCCACCUCAAGGUCUUUGCAAAACCCAAAAUCACUUACGUAGAGAACCAGACCGCCAUGGAGCUGGAAGAACAAGUUACUCUUACCUGUGAAGCCUCAGGAGACCCCAUUCCCUCCAUCACCUGGAGAACUUCCACCCGAAACAUCAGCAAUGAAGAAAAGGCUUCGUGGACUCGACCAGAGAAGCAAGAGACCUUGGACGGGCACAUGGUGGUGCGCAGCCAUGCCCGCGUGUCCUCCCUGACCCUGAAGAGCAUCCAGUACACAGACGCAGGAGAGUAUAUCUGCACCGCCAGCAACACCAUCGGCCAGGACUCCCAGUCCAUGUACCUCGAAGUGCAAUAUGCCCCCAAGCUGCAGGGCCCUGUGGCUGUGUACACCUGGGAGGGGAACCAGGUGAACAUCACCUGCGAGGUGUUUGCCUAUCCCAGCGCCACAAUCUCAUGGUUCCGAGAUGGUCAGCUGCUGCCGAGCUCUAACUACAGCAAUAUCAAGAUCUACAACACGCCUUCCGCCAGCUAUCUGGAGGUGACCCCAGACUCUGAGAAUGAUUUUGGAAACUACAACUGCACUGCCGUGAACCGGAUAGGACAGGAGUCCUUGGAAUUCAUCCUUGUUCAAGCAGACACCCCAUCCUCACCAUCCAUCGACCAGGUGGAGCCGUACUCUAGCACAGCCCAGGUGCAGUUUGAUGAGCCGGAGGCCACAGGUGGGGUGCCCAUCCUCAAAUACAAGGCAGAGUGGAGAGCGAUGGGCGAGGAAGCGUGGCAUUCCAAGUGGUAUGAUGCCAAAGAAGCCAACCUGGAAGGCAUCGUCACCAUCAUGGGUCUGAAGCCGGAGACCACAUAUGCCGUGCGGUUGGCAGCCCUCAACGGCAAGGGGCUGGGUGAGAUCAGUGCAGCCUCCGAGUUCAAGACGCAGCCAGUCCGGGAACCCAGCGCACCUAAGCUCGAAGGGCAGAUGGGAGAGGAUGGAAACUCUAUCAAGGUGAACCUGAUCAAGCAGGAUGACGGUGGCUCCCCCAUCAGACACUACCUGGUCAAGUACCGCGCACUCUCCUCUGAGUGGAAACCAGAGAUCAGGCUCCCCUCGGGCAGCGACCAUGUCAUGCUCAAGUCCCUGGACUGGAAUGCCGAGUAUGAGGUCUACGUGGUGGCUGAGAACCAGCAGGGAAAGUCCAAGGCAGCUCACUUUGUGUUCAGGACCUCGGCCCAGCCCACCGCCAUCCCAGCCAAUGGCAGCCCCACCUCAGGCCUGAGCACUGGAGCCAUCGUGGGCAUCCUCAUCGUCAUCUUUGUCCUGCUCUUGGUGGUUGUGGACAUCACCUGCUACUUCCUGAACAAGUGUGGCCUGCUCAUGUGCAUCGCCGUCAACCUUUGCGGGAAGGCCGGGCCCGGGGCCAAGGGCAAGGACAUGGAGGAGGGCAAAGCUGCCUUCUCGAAAGAUGAGUCCAAGGAACCCAUCGUGGAGGUGCGGACUGAGGAGGAGCGGACACCUAACCACGACGGGGGGAAGCACACGGAGCCCAACGAGACCACGCCGCUGACGGAGCCCGAGAAAGGCCCUGUAGAAGCAAAGUCGGAGAGCCAGGAGACAGAAACGAAGCCAGCGCCGCCGGCUGAAGUCAAGACGGUCCCCAACGAUGCCACACAGACAACGGAGACCGAGAGCAAAGCAUGAUGGGUGAUGAGCCGCGAGCAAAGAUCAAAACAGUGACACACCUUCACCAGAGCAUUUCCAACACACACACACACACACACACACACGCGCGCACACAUCUCAUUCCUCUAGUGUCUUUUGCCUUUAAAAAAAAUAAUAAGCAGAUAAACACGGGAUCUCCUUUUUGUAGGUUUAUAGAAAGGGUUCCUUUGUUGGCAGUCACUUAUAAGAAAACGAGACAAAAAGGUUAAACCCACAGCCAAACUAGGACACUCCGUUCCCUGAAACCAUUUAGAAAUCAAACAAAAGGACCCCAAAUUAAGAAUCUAGGAAGCUCAGAAUAAAUCUAGGUUCACGAAGACCACACUUGGUGUGUUACCCAAUUGGCACAGACCAGUUUCAGAGAAAUAACUUCCAGGCACUAAGACAAACCGGAUGAACAAAGUCCACAGUUUAUUUUUAUACUUUCAGUCGAGUUUGAACUCUGUAAAACCUCAUAAAUAAGUUAUAAUUUCUGUUCACUUUGUAUUUGUUCAGUGUGCAAAGUGUGUCACCCUUUCUAGCUGAAUUC